AUGUCUUCUCCGGCGGUGGAAGACCAUGCGCCGGUACGGAAUCGAGGCCCGGCCGUGCUCGCCGUGACGACGGCAACAUUGGCUUUGGCUUCAGUGUUUGUCGGCGCACGCAUGGUUUGCCGGUAUUUCAUCGUUCGGAGGGUCAGCUGGGAUGACAGGGUCAUGAUGGUGGCCUGGCUCAUUGCAUUUUUCCUCUCCUUCUCCAUCUGCUAUGGCGCCACUGUUGGGCUUGGAAAACACGAUGAUGAUAUCAGCGACGCCGAUUUACCGAAACUGCGACGAUUUGAAUAUGUCUUUUCUAUACUAUACAACCCCGCCCUCAUGGCAACCAAAACUGCGAUCUUAAUCUUUUACUUGCGUCUAGCCAAAAAUACCCAAGUAGUCCUGCGAUACGCCUCCUGGGCAACCUUGGCAGUUGUCAAUAUUGCCGGCAUCGUCCUGACGUUUAUGAACAUAUUUCAAUGCAAUCCAGUCGCCGCGGCUUGGACCAUUGAGACGGACAGUCCGUCGCGAUGCAUCCCGCUCCUGACCGAGUUCAUUUGCGCCGCACCAGUCAACAUCGUCACUGACCUGGCCAUCUUGGCUCUACCGAUCCCUGUACUGACUGGCAUGCGACUGCCUUCACGGCAAAAGACAAUUCUGGUCAUUACCUUCACUCUUGGUAUUUUCGUCACCAUUGUUGACGUUGUUCGCAUCUAUUACCUUCAAAAGGCCAUUUCAGACGUACCCACUGGUUUGACAAGCGACCCCGGCUCACGGUUCGGCGGCCACCAAGACUUCGCAUGGAAUGCAUCUCUGUCUUUCAUGUGGAGUGCAGUGGAGGUUAAUGUUGCUAUGGCUUGUGCCUGCAUCCCUACUUUGAAGCCGCUCAUCCUCAAGCUACUACCCGCUAUGUUGCAUGACCCAGACGGAACCAGAGUUUCUCGCACGACGAAAUCGAAUAGCGACCACGAAAUACCGCCGUCAAGACGUCUCGGGAGUGUCACGCGUGAGUCCAUGGCCACGCCAGAGUCAGGCACCGGCAGCAACCCGAGCGGUACAAAAUCCGAUUCGAGCAACGAGGCCCCCAUGACCGCCAUGGAAUUCCUGACAACGCCCGAUAUGAGAAACCUGAGUGAAAGAACGCACCCAGAUCUAACAGCUACACGCGCUCAGACAAAUGUUACAGCGUCUACCUCCUCUGUCGUGAAUGGCGUCUAUUUUGGAUUCGUCAACAUGACAAAGCCGAAGAGCAUGCUCCGUGCCAACGCAUCAGAAUCAUUCAAAUACUGCACCAUUGUGGCUAUUCUGUUUUUCCUAUGGGGUCUAUCUUACGGUCUCCUUAAUACGCUUAACAACGCCAUUGCAGUGGUCAACCAAAUGUCAACUGCUCAGACCCUCGGCUUGACUAGCGCCUAUUUCGGCGUUGGAUACUUCUUUGGGCCGUUGCUCGUCGGAGAAUGGAUCUUGCGGCGAGAUGAGCAUAACCGGUCCAAACGCCACGAAAGGAACGAGGCCGAAAAUGUGGGCGGCUACAAGGUCACUUUUAUUGUUGGGCUGUGCAUCUACGGCAUUGGCACCAUUAUAUUUUGGCCAUCAGCCGUGACCAACUCUUUUGGUGGAUUCAUGCUGAGUAACUUUGUUGUUGGCUUCGGCCUCUCCGUGCUAGAGGUGGCUGCGAAUUCUUUUAUGAUUCUCUGCGGACCACCUGAAUACGGCGAGACUCGACUUUUACUAGCUCAGGCCGUGCAGGCUGUCGGCAGUGUCGUUAGUGGUCUGCUCGCCCAAAAGGUAUUCUUCACCGGAAUCAGCCAGGACAGCCUGAGUGAUUCGAACAGUAUGACGCUCAUCAACGUGCAAUGGACAUAUCUGGGCAUUACCCUGCUAUGCGUUGUGCUGGGUUUAUUUUUCUUUUACAUGCCGCUACCAGAGGUCAGCGAUAGCGAGCUCGAGUUUGCUGCUAAUAAACUUCCCAUCGACACAACGAAACGAAGCAUCGGUGGCCUCCAACUGCGAACCGUCAGCCUAGUACUGGCUGUAUUCGCGCAGUACAUGUACGUUGCCGGCCAGGAAAGCAACAGCAUAUAUUUUCGCAGCCUUCUUCUUUCGAUCCUCCCGAAUCCACCCAACGGCGCCGAUGCGGUAUCCGGUACCACCACAUCCGGCUCUACGAGCGAUCCCGAUAAAGCACCCGGUAUGGCUCUCUCGAUCCCAGACUACCUGCUCGUCGCACAUAGCAUAUUCGCCGCGUCCCGCUUCCUCGCGGGAUGCCUCGCGUACUUUUCGGUCUCCAAUCGUCGGCUCCCGCAGCCACGUACCGUUCUCACUAGCUGCAUCCUGUCAUGUUUUCUCUUGGCCUUGCUUCUGGUCGUGUUGCGCCCGCCUCAACCCGAACUGCUCGUCAUUCCUGCCUUGCUAUUUUAUUUUGCCGAGGGGCCUAUCUGGCCUCUCCUUUUUGCUAUUGGCCUCCGCGGCCAAGGGCGUCGAACGAAGCGAGCGGCAGCUUUUAUAACCAUGGGUGGUUCUGGGCCUGCUUUCUUCCCGUUCAUUAUGUACGCCAUCAUUGACAACGGCGGCAGCGUGAAAACGGCAUACAUUAUCAUUGUCGCACUGCAGGUUGCUAUGGUAGCGUAUCCUAUAUUCCUGCAAUUCUCCCGUGAUGCGAAGCAAUUAGUCGACCCCAACCCGGAUGUCCGAGCGGCCCUGGAGCAGCACUGGGAAGCUAGGUCAACGGAUGAAGUGGUGAACAGUCAACAAAAUUAUGGAGCGAAUAGUUUCUUCGCAAUGAUCUCUCAGCAGUUGAAGCGUGGUGAAAGGCGGAAAUCGUCUCUGCCACAAGUCCAACAUAACGAAGCGGUUGCAUCGUGA